CCAAUCAUAUUAGCAGCAGCAGCAGCAACAGUACUAGUAAAAGCAGCAGCAGUAGGAGCGACGUGUGUGUUUUUAUGUAGGAAAAAUAUCCCCGCAGCAAAAAAACCAUUCUUUUACCUGCUCGGAAUCGUCGGAAACGGUUUUGAAGCGGGAUCAAUCCACUUUUGGCAAGCAUUUCUUUGGUUCCCGCAUCGACUGUACCGUGUUGGGGACGCGAACGGGACCGAAAAUCGCACGGAAAAGGGCUGGAAAAUAUCGGAGUUGCCAGAGAGGAGAAAGGCAUCCAGCGCUCUGCUAAACAAAAAUGGCUAAACUUACGUAUGUGUAUCGCUCGGACGAGAUGAAUUGUGUCAAAGUAUCGAAACGACAGCUACCCCUGAUUGGGGGCGAUAAUUUAAUGAUGUUGAUGGAUCUGAACUCGAAAGGUCUCGUGUUCGAUCAUCCACCCGUCAAGGGCGUAGAGCUAGAGGAAUUUACCAGAAAAUAUCAGCUACUAUCGAUGGAGGAACUACGCCUAUCGCUGUACGUCCCGACGACGGAUUUUACUUCGGUGUUGAGCCAAAAUGUGCCUUGCGUCGGCUGUAGGCGGAGCGUAGAACGGCUCUUCUACCAGCUGAUGCUGUCCGGUCACCCGACCCUGGAUCCGAUCCUGAUCACGAGUAAAGGCGUUCUCACCAUAAGCGAUGACAAAAUGCGAUCGCCACAGGCGGUUUGUACGCUGCUUCACAAACAUAAGGCCCUGCUGGACGGAUUGCUGGACAAUCAGGUCCGAAGCAGGAAGAGCAGCCGCUGCAAUCUACACUCGCUGGAUUCGUUUCGCUCGCGGCCCUUCUCCGAGACCUGGCGGGACGUCUGGAACUGCAUGAGGCAACAGUGCAAGGACGAACUGGCCGUCAUCGAGGCCUCGGAACUGCACGCCACCCUGGACGAGUACCUGAAGAAGCACAAGUUCUGUCAGGAGUGCCGAACGAAGGUCGAGAAGGCGUACUCGCUGUUGGUGGACGAGAGCAACCCGGCCAAGGAGAAGGGCUACGUGGCGCAUCUGUACUCGGGCAUCAAGCGAUGUCUCACGGACAAACAUAUCCAUCUGCAGACGAAGCUGGAGUACAUCGACGAGCUGAUCACUCGGGCGGAACCGGAACUCAGCGGAAGAAACUCACGGCACCGGGAGCGGCACGCCAAAACCCUCGAGAUCGCCCAGGAAGAGGUGCUCACCUGUAUCGGCAUGUGUCUGUACGAGCGGCUGCGGCGUAUCAACGUGUGUCUGCGCGAGGAGGAGAACGCCUGCCAGGUGCUUGCGGCCGUGGCUGUGCAUACUCUUCGCCGCAGUUUCGAUAUGGCGGUCGAAAAUAAACAGGGUAUCAGCAAUCUGGAAUUGUUGUACGAAGAGAUCAGCCGCGAGGAACGCUCCAAGGAGCAGAAGAAGGAACAGAAGAAGCUCAAGAAACGAAAGAAGCGUAACGAAAAGAAACACUCCGAACGAGCACCGAGCAGCUGCGAACCGGAACCGAUGCCGGACAAGUGUCUCUGUUCAGCGGAAGAUCACGAUCACAACGAGGACGAGGACGAAGAAGACGACCCGGACGAUCAUAUCGUGCUGUGCGACGGAACCAUCAUAGAUGCGCCACCACGCUCCCUGAUGAUGCUCCGGAAGGCCAAGGAAACGGUAUCAACGCGAUCAACGUCAACAGUUACAUUGCCAUCGCCCGUCAAGGUCGUCACGACGGAUGUCUCGUCGUCGUCGUGUAACUCCUGCGAGGAAGCAUCCAACCCGAAACACUCGCCCAGAAACAGUACGUGCAUUCACACUUCCAUCGACGGAGGCUACUCAUCGGAACCGCAAAAUACGGAAUCGUCUCAUCUGUCGUCGUCCAAUAUCGAUUCGCCGUCGUCAAGUUUGGUCAGCACCCCGGAGGGUUCGGAAGUGGCCUGCUCCGAUGGGUUCUGCAAUCACGACCAUCCCGCGACGGAAAAGAUGACUUCAUCCCCGGUAGCUUUGGCAGGUAGCGGUGACGGUGACACCACGUCCUGUAGCAAACUGCCGUCCUCCUAUAGCUUUAGGCCUACGCUGAUGACGACGACCGGUGGAGGCGGAAUGACGAUGACGCUGCAGGAAAUGCUAGAAAAAUCUUCGACCGAGGAUGACGACGGUGAGGUGGACUUGAUCCCGCGGGAGUGCAUCCUGGAGUUUAAAUCACGCAGCGGUGCAAUCAAGCAGCAGCGGGAAGCGCUGCGGCAGCAGCUGCUCAACAACUUCAAAAGGCUAUGCAUCAAUGGUUGUGUGGGUGGUGGGAGCCAGGACAGUAAGAAGCAGGUGGCAUCUGCAACUGCCGGGCUCGUCGCUGCCAACGGCUCGUCUCCACAUCACGGGAAGUGAGCCGGCGCCGGCGAAGACAAGCCAAAAAUAAGCCUAUGAGCGGCAGCGCUUUGCUCAUGUUUAGUAAAAGAAUAUACAUAAAUAAAAGAAACGGCUCAGUUGUGGAGUGGCAGGGGGACGUGGGUGUACUUCACCCUUCCCUUCCCGCCCUCCGAGAGCAGGUUUCGAUUCGUUCGUUCGUUCAUGAUUAUUAGUAUAUCAUGUCUAAUUGAUUAUUGGAAUGCUAUUUUAAAUAUAAUAUAUGGUAAUAUUGAA